CAGAGAAAAUUAUAAAAUAUUGUAGCGAUCUCUGGGAAAAAGGGAGACAAACAAGUUUCAGACGAACAGUGUUACGACGGAAGUCUGCAGCAGAUACCAGCGAACCAACCAAAUCAACAUCGUUUUACGUUGGAGCUGCUGGCGGAAUUUCGCAGCGCUGUGGAAAUUAUUGUUUUGAAACCUACUGGUCGCUUCGUCGUCAGCAAACAGGAACGCAACAAUCAGUGGUUACGAUGAUUAAACUAUUCUCGCUGAAACAACAAAAGAAAGGUGGCGAAGCGACACCGUUGGCUGGGGGACAGAAGAAAACUUUCACCGCCGCACAACUAAGGAUUACCAAGGAUAUCAAUGAGCUGAACCUCCCCAAGACUUGUGCCACCGAGUUUCCGGACCCGGAUGAUUUGCUCAACUUCAAGCUCAUCAUCUGUCCGGAUGAAGGCUUUUACAAGGGAGGUCGUUUCGUGUUCAACUUUAAGGUUGGACCGAACUACCCUCACGAGCCGCCGAAGGUCAAAUGUGAAACUCAGGUCUACCAUCCAAACAUAGACCUUGAAGGAAACGUGUGUUUGAACAUUCUGCGCGAAGACUGGAAGCCGGUCUUGACGAUCAACUCGAUCGUGUAUGGAUUGCAAUACUUGUUCCUGGAACCAAACCCUGAAGAUCCACUGAACCGAGAAGCCGCCGAAGUGUUGCAAACGAACCGACGUCUAUUUGAGCACAACGUUUUCAAAGCCAUGCGCGGUAGUUACAUUGGGGCAACCUACUUCCAACGCUGCCUCAAGUGAUAUAUAAAUUCGAAAUUAACACUUAAAUGUUGCGUUUAUUUAAUUAUUCUUACGAUUGGUGGGCGCUAUUAUAUAGACUUUAAUUAUAACUAAAAACCACGAUGAAGCGAUCCAAAAUGGGCCGACAAUGGUGCGAAGCUAAUUCUACCGAUCACAAAUAGCGACAACAACAUAAGAACCUAUUUUGUUCCGUAAAAAAAAAACAAAUCAGAUAAUUCCGGAAAUGCAGUCACGAGACACCAUGGACACAGCAGUGUUCGUUUCUCGGCAAGAUGUAGCAUCAUGUUAGGCCUUGUAGCAUGUGAUUGACGAAGCAGUGGACAGAGAAACCGAGAGAGAAUUAGAACGAAUAUUACAGGAAACGGAAAGCACCUUGUUUAGAUAUAGGAAAAAACAGGAUGCAGCUCAAACCAUGUAAAGACGAUUCAGAACUAUACACAGGCCAUGCAAAGGAUGGGUGUACGGCUAAAUAAUCGGCUGCGUGAAGAUGGAACCGCAUAAGCAUGAAAUCUAUUGAAACAGCAGUUCAACACUUGAAUCACUUUUAUCUGUACAUUAUCUAACUAGAAUUUGCUGAUUUUUCCCUCCUGAGUGGAAGCCACCGGAAAAGUUCACUUUGUUACUCGUGCGCCAGCAGUUUCGCGUCCGUAGCACAGCUUUACUCUAUCAAUUAAGGCACAAUUCAUCGGAGGGUUCUUUGCCAUUCAAGUAGAGUGAAACGGUCGGGUAGUGUUAGUGGAUGGUGCAGGAGCAGCUAAAUUCAUGCAACAUGUAGCGCAAAAUUGGCAUGUAGCUAAGUUACUCUAGCGAUUAGAGCGAAGUUUAUAUCCCCCCUUCAAGCCAAGAGUAAAUGUAACAAGAAAAAAAAAACAUAAUAAACGCAUAGGAAAAGGCAGGACAUUUUGCAGUUCUUGUUGGUCCAUCCCAGGCCCCAGAGAGGAAGGAGUACCUGGUAAGGUCGUGCUGAAUCCCGGAUCUUUUACUAGCUGCCCAUUGCCAACUGCAGAAUAAAGACCAACAGACAAAUGGAUACAAAAAAGGUGAACGAUGAACCUGGAAAUGGAAAUGAACAUUUGCGUACACAAAAACAUAGGUUAACGAAAAAAAAAAUAAAGUAAAUAAUGAAUCCAAACAUCAAA